GGCCUGUAGAUAGAUAUAGUCUGACAAGCCCUCUCCCGCCAGUCAUUACCCACUCACUCGGACCACAUUGUCGUCUGCUGUGAGAGAACAGUCUUCUCAGAACCAGUCGUUUUACUGUUUAAAGGCGCUUCAACCAACGAGAAAAAAAUGCGUGAAUGCAUCUCUGUCCACGUAGGCCAGGCUGGUGUCCAGAUGGGCAACACCUGCUGGGAGCUGUACUGUCUGGAGCAUGGCAUCCAGCCUGAUGGACAGAUGCCCAUCCAAAAGGCUGUGGGAGGUCACGACGACUCCUUCACCACCUUCUUCAGUGAGACUGGGGCUGGGAAAUAUGUCCCCAGAGCCAUUUUUGUCGACCUGGAGCCAACUGUCAUAGAUGAGGUUCGCACAGGAACGUACCGUCAGCUCUUUCACCCUGAGCAGCUGAUCUCAGGAAAGGAGGACGCGGCUAAUAAUUACGCCCGUGGUCACUACACUAUUGGCAAAGAAAUCAUCGACUCAGUCCUGGACAGGAUCCGCAAACUGGCCGAUCAGUGCUGUGGUCUGCAAGGAUUCUUGGUCUUCCACUCCUUCGGUGGAGGCACGGGCUCUGGUUUCACAUCUCUGUUAAUGGAGAGACUCUCUGUUGAUUUUGGCAAAAAGUCAAAGCUGGAGUUUGCCAUUUAUCCAGCCCCCCAGGUUUCCACCGCAGUCGUGGAGCCCUACAACUCCAUCCUGACCACCCACACCACGCUGGAGCACUCCGACUGCGCCUUCAUGGUCGACAACGAAGCCAUCUACGACAUCUGCCGCAGAAACCUCGACAUUGAGCGCCCGUCCUACACUAACCUCAACCGCCUGAUCAGCCAGAUCGUGUCUUCGAUCACAGCCUCGCUUCGUUUCGACGGCGCCCUGAACGUCGACCUGACAGAGUUCCAGACCAACUUGGUGCCCUACCCUCGCAUCCACUUCCCUCUGGCAACCUACGCCCCCGUCCUCUCAGCCGAGAAGGCCUACCACGAGCAGCUGUCAGUCGCUGACAUCGCCAACGCCUGCUUCGAGCCGGCCAAUCAGAUGGUGAAGUGCGAUCCUCGUCACGGCAAAUACAUGGCCUGCUGCCUUCUGUACCGUGGUGACGUAGUGCCCAAAGACGUCAACACCGCCAUCGCGGCCAUCAAGACCAAACGCAGCAUCCAGUUUGUGGACUGGUGCCCGACUGGUUUCAAGGUCGGCAUCAACUACCAGCCUCCGACUGUGGUUCCUGGUGGCGAUCUGGCCAAGGUGCAGAGAGCCGUGUGUAUGCUGAGCAACACCACGGCCAUCGCAGAGGCCUGGGCUCGUCUGGACCACAAGUUUGACCUCAUGUACGCCAAGAGGGCCUUCGUCCACUGGUACGUUGGAGAGGGUAUGGAAGAGGGAGAGUUCUCAGAGGCCAGAGAAGAUAUGGCUGCUCUGGAGAAAGAUUAUGAAGAGGUGGGCCUUGACUCAUUUGAAGAGGAUGAAGAAGGAGAGGAAUAUUAAACCAGGCUGUGCUGUGAAAACAGAAAUUGUGUUCUGAGUGAAGAAGAAAAUUAGGAACAUGAUGUUGGUUUCAUAUUGAGAAAUACUUCACUUUUAUUUGUCCAAAUAUUAGCCUCGACAUGAGAAGUUCUACUUUUGUUGUGCCAUUAAAAUUAUUUCUUAACUUUUUUUUUUUGUUGUCAAUAUUUCUUUAAUUUGUUUUAUUGAUGUUUUCACAUAUUUGACUUUUCUUAGAUGCAGGUGCAUUGAAAGGUUGAAGAUUCCUGUUUAAAAAAGCGUUUGAAAGGACAAAGGUCCAGAGGGAAUGGUUUUAUGGAAUUUCAUAUCGGUGGUGACGAGCAUUGUUGUACAUGUUUUCUUCCUGAUGCUUCGUCAGAAUGAGGAAAAAUAUUUGUUCAAUGUUGGUUUAAAAUCUAUAAUUGCACAAUAAAUCUCCCUCUACAAAA